GGCAUUUUGCUGAGGCAUCGCAAACCACCAUAUAUACCUAUUUCAUUUUUCACUGUCUGUGGCUUUGGCAGUGUCUCCUUUUCUUCCACCAAGUGUGUCUUGUUCUGUUCUUCCUCCUCUCAAUAGGCUGUGAACCCGAAAAACCGCCAAGAUGUCUGAGAAAAAGAUGACUUCCAGCCGCAGGCAUCAUCUCAAGAGCUUGAUCCUGCAGAUUGCUAUGAACUGGAUCGAGCAGGAGAAAAAGGAAACCGACGUGGCCAAAGAGGCCUACAUGGCCGAGCACUGUCCUCCCCCAGACUUGAGCGGAGACCAGGCCGCCCUGAUGGAAGUCUGCAAGAAGCUUCACGCCGCCAUCGACAAGAUCGAUGAGGAGAGGUACGACGCCGAAGCCAAGGUGCAAAAGGCUGACAAAGAGAUUGAAGACCUGAAGAUCAAAGUUGUGGACCUGAGAGGAGUGAAGAAGCCUGCCCUGAAGAAAGUGCGUAUGUCUGCUGACACCAUGCUGCAGGCUCUGCUGGGCUCCAAACACAAGGUGACCAUGGACCUGAGGGCCAACCUGAAGCAGGUCAAGAAAGAGGUCAAGGAGGAGCCUACAGAAGCGGUGGGUGACUGGCGUAAGAACAUUGAGGACAAAGCUGACAGGAAGAAGAUGUUCGAGGCCUCCUAAAUGUUUCGCUGCUCUGCUUUGUUUUUCUGUUUACAUGAACUCCAUGUGUCUUAUUUGUGCUGGUGGAAGAGCGCGUUUGCUUUAUGUCACACAGGUCUGAAGAGCAGGUUAGCAAAUCUGAGAGGCAGGAAGUUGAAUUUACCUGAGGGUUGUUAUUUUGCACUUUGUCGUAGUCUGGAGGGAGGGGAAGGUUCACACACCAACACCAAGUCUUCAACUCCACACAGUCGGGGAAACAAUCACACACAAUGUUCAUUAUACACAAUAAAAUCAAGUGUCAGAGAAAA